AACACACAUACACACACAUGCACACACGCACCCACACACAUAUACACCCACGCACACACACACACAGACAUAUUAAUUACUGUAGUAUGAAUUGAGGUGCCUUUUUCAAUCUAAAGUUAUUCUUAAAGUAAGCUAUUUAAAACAUUGUGAAGACUUCCACAUUAUUGCACUGUAAAUAACAACUGGAUUAUUAUUAUUAUUUGACCUAUAUUAAGCAGGAUGGAAAUAAUGACAUCAGUGUUCUUUUUUUGCACUGAGGGUGUUUAUCAGCAGAUGCUUGUGCAGCUCUUGUGCACCCAAAUUAUUAAACAGCCAAUCAAAUCUGCCCCUGACAUGUGCCCUCCUACUGUUCAGUGAAUGACAAGAAAUUAUUACCUCAAGUCCUCCUCUUAUCUGUACAGUUUGAGUUUUACAGCACAGAGGACAAACAGGGUCUCAGGCAGAGGAGAGUCUCCAGAAGAGGAGAGUUCAGAUACAGUGAUGCCGCCACUCUGUGCUGUUCUUGUGCUUUUCAGCAAAGUCUAUGGUCUGCUUGGGAAGAACAUAGUUCAGCCUCACUCGCUUAUGACAGCUCAGCUUGGAGGCACUGUGACUCUCCCAUGUUUCCAUGCUAAAGAUGGUGUGCUAUGGUACAGAUGGCUUAAGCAGCCUCUUGGACAGAAGCCUGAGCAAUUGUUAAUGAUAAAAAAUUCUGCACCUUAUACUAUAGAUUUGUUUAUAAACAGUACGCGCCUCAGUGCUAAAGCAGCAAAGGGGAGCUCGAACCUGACUGUGUCACAAGUAGAGCCGUCGGAUUCAGCCACAUACUACUGCGCUGUUUCGCACUACAAUGAUAUCAACUUUGAAGAAGGAACUACAUUAAUGGUCCUGGGGUCAGAGUCACACAACAGGACAGUAGUACUGCAGCAGCCCGAGUCUGAGUCAGUGCAGCCAGGAAACUCUGCGACUCUGCAUUGUACAGUACACACUGAGACCUGUGCAGGAGAACACAGUGUGUACUGGUUCAGACAGGGCUCAGGAGAGUCCCCUCCAGGAAUCAUUUACACCCAUGGAAACAGGAGUGAUGAGUGCCAGAGGAGCUCUGGGGCUGUGUCUCCCACACAGAGCUGUGUCUACAACUUCCCCAAGAGGAACCUCAGCCCCUCUGAUGCUGGGACUUACUACUGUGCUGUGGCCACCUGUGGGGAGAUCCUGUUUGGGAAUGGGACCAAGCUGGACUUUGAGGGGAAUGAACAUCUUCCUCUUUAUUGCUUGGCGGGAGCUUUGACGUUGAGUGUGAUCCUAAAUAUUGUCCUCAUUCUGAAAAUGAGAAAAUGUUGUGAGAAAUGCAAAGGAGCUGCAUCAAACAACCAAGUGAGUGGAGAAGGCCUGGCGAGCAAACAGAGUCAAGAGGAAGCAAUGAAUUACGCUGCUUUGACUUUCACCUCCAAGAAACCCAAAGUGAGGAGGAACAAGAGGGAAGUGGAGAAAGAAACGGUUUACUCAGAUAUGAGAUUUAGAGACCAUGAGUGAGGCUUUCCGUAAAAGCCAUCUUCGUCACAAGAAUAAUCAAAAUAUUCCCUCGCUAGAAUUGGUGAACAUCAUACUAUGUGGCUGUAAAUUUUUUUACACGUACAGCAUUUGCCUGCAGCUGUGCUUUUUUUUUGAUUCCUCUGUUUUUCAAAUACACAAAGUAAAAAUUGUGCACUCUCUGGCAGUAUCUGAUAAAUGGUCCUCAGUGUUGUUGAAUGUGUUUGGGGCAGUAGCGUAGUAUACUGCUUAGGGAACAGGACCCAAUUCUCAGGUGACACACUGCCCUUUGGCCUGUAUUAUUGAGCAAGGAUGUUAUUCUGAAUGACUUCAGGCUAUAACUGUACAAAAUGAAACUGUGUGCACAUGUAAAAUUGCACGAGUGCCUGCUAAAUGCCAGUAAUGUGAUGUCACACAGAGAUGGGAGAGUGAAAUAUUAGGACUACAAAACAAGGUCAGACUGUUAAUGUGUCAGCAGUGAUUCACUGAUUAGACGGAAUCAAAAUGUUUUGCCGUGUACAGUUUUUGUGAUUCAGAGCUAGUCAGUGAUAAGAAUAAAUAGUAGAUCCAUUCGUUUUGGGGUUAAUAGACAUAGUUUCAGCUGGGGAAAGUGUGGUUAUUUCCCCAACUGUUUAUGAAAGGUCAGAUGCUGUCCCAACCACUUUUCAUACAAUAAAAUAUUCAUCACACACAGUGGGGUACGACAGUUUGGCCACCGCUGGUCAAAUUGCAUGCCUCUCUAAAACUUCUCUCUAAAUGUAUCUCUGGUGACUGUGGGCAAAGAGCUUUUAUUUUAUCAGUCCAAAGCACUUUGUGCCAAAAAAGCCUUGCAUGUAACUGUUGUGUCCGCACGUCCAUUGCAGUGCUAUGUAAGUUUUGCUUUGCAUACCCAAACAGUCUACAGGCAGUGCUAUUGGAGUCAUUAGACGAACACUGGCUGCCAAAUAAAUUCAUAUAUCAGACAAUCAGCAUCAAUAAAUGGGAUACAUUU